CGUCCUUCUUCCUCCCUUCUUCUUCUCGCGUCGACCCUCCUCUCCUCUUUCCUCGCCGAGGUUCCGGAUUUUGACGCCCCCGAAUCGCGCCUCGGGCCAUCGAUUCGGUGAUUUUUAUCGGCGUUUCCAUCAAAUCCUCGUCAAACACCAGUUCCCGAGCUCCAUAUCCGCUGAUCUAGGGUUUUUGCUGGGGGAAUUCCCCGGAAUUUGGAUUCCAUCUGGGAUAGUUUGGUUCCUCCUGCGAAGAUCUAGAGGGCGUUGAAGAGAUCGCUUCCGUGUUGAUCGAUUGAGAAUGGGAGGGGUUUGGUGAAGAAAAGCUCCCAUUUUUGUGGGCGUUUGAAGAGUUCUCGGGGUUUCUUGUUCACAGGGGAGGUUGAUCGAAGCCUUCGGAGAUGCAGAUCCGGAGGAGCUCACAACUCUUCUCGGAUGGUUUUCUGGAUGGGGCCGUCUCCCGCUCUCGAGAGAACGGCACGAUUGCCACCAUCCCCGCGUCCUCGUCCGUGUCAUCCUUCUCUUCGUCUUCUUCCGAUUCCCCCCCGAAAGUUAAUUAUAUUGAGCACCGGGUGUCAAAGAUGGAUACACUUCCUGGCGUUGCCAUAAAGUACGGUGUCGAGGUCGAAGACGUCAAACGGUUGAAUGGCUUGACGACAGAUAUCCAGAUGUUUGCUCAUAAAUCAUUGCAGAUUCCCCUGCCAGGAAGGCAUCCCCCAUCGACUCGUUCCACUAAUGGUUCAGCUGCUAAUGGGUUUUCCAAAGAACAUACUCCACCCCGUCAUCCUAGUAAUGGAGUUUUGGAUUUGUUGCAAUCACUCAAGCUGAAAACUCCUUCGACUAAGGUUUCCCCAGCAAUGAACAACUUACGGUCAUACUAUGGUCUGACACAAUUUGAAAAGGAUCCAGUUCUUGAGGGAACAGAGAUGGCAGUGUACAGAAUAGGUGAUUGCUGCUUGGCUGAUGAAAUAUUGCCCACAGAGGCACCAUUUUCUGAUUCACUUAUAGGUCAGCAUCAGAAAUCUAGAAGUUUGGUCAAUGGGUUUUCACUGGAAAAUGGCAAGACUGCCCAGGAAAAGACUAUUUUAGAUACUGCAGAGAACAAUGAGAUCGAGAAAGCUGUCCGAAGGCGUCAAAAGAAUGAUUCAGUCCCAUCUUUGGGCACCCCAGAAUUGUUGUUGGAGGAUAACAACAGUGGGUUUUCGGGAAGAAAAGGAAAAGGUCUGUCAAUGAGACCAAAACUGGGAAGCCGGACUGAUGUGGAUAUGGUUCACCCAAACGCUACUCCUAAUGGAGACUCCUUCAUGACCAAUGGGUCUGUUUUUGUCAGGAAAUCAUCCAGCACAUCAAGCUUGCAGGAGUCCGAAAACAGUUCCUCCAUAUGGCCAACUAGCAAGUGGACUCUGAAUCCUGAGGUUCUUGCAAGGCCAUUGUUUGAUGGCUUGCCGAAGCCUAUAAAUGUGUGGAAGAACAAAGCUGCUCUUGAUUAGCCACCUAUUUUAAAGUUUACCUCCAGACUUUCUGUGCAUCUUUUCUCUACUCUGGAAAUUCUUGCAAUUCACCGGUCGAGGCAGGCCUUCGAUUAAAGGCCUUUGCAGUACUCGUAAUACCUAGAUGAUAAAAGAGGUUUAUGAAAUAGGUUGAAUAAUGCAAACAAAUUGCAGUCGUUGAGGUUUCUUCUUGUGUUCGGUAUUGGAGCUUGAGUAGCUGGAGUUCUUUUUGGUUGUCCUCGUUGCCAUUCAUAUACUGUUUGCUAAAUUAUAGCCACAGCUAUUCUUUUGUACAUACCCACAUAUUUAGAGAAAGAAGACCAAAUGUUGUAUGUUUCUCUUUGCCAACAUUGAUACCAAAGAGACAAUUAUUUGUGGAUUGAAGGGUUGUGCGUUGGUUUUCUUUGA